UGUUUUUGUUUUUUUUUUCCAUCGCGUCGCUGAAUUUGAGGCUCCCCGGGGCUCGUGCAGGAGGCCUGGGAGGGGAGAAGUGGCCUGGCUCCAGCAGCAGGGACAGGAGACGCCCUGCUCCUGGCUCGGCACGCCCAAACAGAGAUGAGAGACCACGGGAAGGUGGGCUUUGAGGAAGGUAGGAGCCCUUCACUCAACCGACGUCUGGGGAGAUGCAGGGGGUUGGGAUAUAUAUGCGUCAAAUUUUUUCUCCUCGCUGCGCUUGCCCAAGAGGGUGCUCCUCCACCGCAGCCGCCGGGCGCUUUCUCCGGCUCUGGCUCCGGGCCGGCACGCAGCGUGGGGACGUGAGGAGAGGUCCCGCCAGUCCCCGAUGCCCGACGGGGGGAAACGCCAGCGCUCCGCAGCCGCGCUUCCUGGACGGGCUUUAUCGCUGCCGGCGUCGUCAGCACGUGGCAAAGCGAACGCUGCCCCUGCUGCCGCCUGCCCGCUCCUGCGCAGUCCCUCGUUGCAAGGUGCGAGCCCAGCGAGGGUGAAAUAAGUCACCAAAAUCCACCCGUGGUAGAUUUGGGGUUGCUGCGGGGGCUCCUUGCCUACGAGGAUUUAUUUUUCCACCCAUCUCGAGCGCUUGCAGGUGGGCGAGAGCGAUUUGUCCAGGAUUACCGGCAACGGCAAAGCUUGAACCCGGUCCUCUACGUACAGACCCUGUAGCUCUUGCUGCUGAGCCCAUCUCAUCCUGUUGUUUCUCCCAGCCUUGGGGCUUUUUUCUGUCUGUGCUCCCACAGCUGAUGAUGCCACGUCUGGGUAGGACCCGACCGCCUGGAAAUACACGUUUGGCUCCGGAUGCGCAGCAGGCAGGGUGUCCUGUUUCCCUCCGGUAGCCUGCACAGGGAGUUUAUGUUGGAAAAAGCGCUGGAGAGAGAACUGAUGAGAUCUCAUCAGCAUUUAACCCCUUGCUGGGUCAGGCUUUGGAGCCGUUAAAUAUUGCUGCAUGUGACCCAGACGCUGACACAUUCAGUUUUCCAUCCCUCAUCCCUCCUUCCUGGCUUUCACCUCAUCCUGGUUUUUUCUGUUUCCCCAUCUCCAAGGGCCUGGAUGGACCUUGCCAGCCCCAUCGCACCGACCAGCCUUGCAGGCUGGACCUUCCUCUUCUCGUGUGCAACUUCCAGCCCACCUGUGGGGAUGGAGGGAGGGAGGAGGGUGCUCAGGAACCCCUGCGUGGAGCAGGGAGCCUCUGGUGGGGACCGUGAGAGCAGAGGGAGAUCUCCAAGUCCCCUUGGGGUUUGCUUCGAGAAAUGUGCCUGCAAAAAGGCUGCGACUGCAAAGGGAGCUUGCAGAGGAGGUCUCUGGGACCGGCGUGCGUCUGCUUUCGGUGUGCGUGUUGCUGCUGGGCAGAAUUGCUUUCUCUCGGGGUGAAAUUUCGGGGCAGGACCAGCACUGGCAUGUGCAAACGGUCCCCAGCUGGGGUUGCUUUUCGGAGGUGUGUUCAGAGCCACGAGACGCGUAGGCUCAAGGUGUCCAGCUCUGGUCUGGUGCAGGUUGCUCCAGCCCCUGCUAGGACACGCGCUGGCUCUCAGGGUGCCCUGAGCACGUUUCUCCCCUGUUUUCCCCCAAUCCUCAGCAGCAGGAAUUGCGUGGCUUCUCGGAAAGGUGCCAGGUAGCACCUUAGAGCAGCGCUUUGGGGUCGGCGGCGGUACGUUGCUCCCGUUCCCUUUGCACCCCCGGCAGCUCGCAGGGCUCCCUGAUUCAGGUGCCCCCGCUGCUCCCUCCUCACCUGGCUGAGUUUGCGACCGCUCCAGAGGCAGAAGCAAUCACUUCCAGCCGUUCACCGCGGGGGCAAACCGCUGCUGCGAGGACAGGAGGAGGAGGGAUGCGGCUGCCCCCGCGCUGUGUUUGCAGACGAGGUGUGGCCGCUGCGAUGCAAACUGGUCGCGCAGCUUCACUGCGCUCUGCCCUCCCUUCUCCCGGCGCCGGAUGCUUCCCGGAUACAUCCACCGGCAGGCAAGGCGACGAGGGGCGUCCCGGCCCCGUCCCAGCCCUGCAGCCGGCGGGGUAAGGCUGGGGGAGUCAGGCGAGAGCCUCGCCGGCUCGCGGUGUUUGGGAAGCUGCCAGGAUGGGCGCAGGAGGUGAGAAAACCCACGGGGAUGGGGUCGCGCAAGUGUUGCGCUGGGACCAGUUGUGGCAGUGCUCGCAGACUCCUCCAAAAGCUCUGCGGUUUGCAGGGAAGGGUGAGGAAAGGCAGAGCAGUGCCGCAGAGAGCGGGGAGGCGAGGUGGAAAGGCAGCGGCGCUGCCUGCUGCGGGGAGCAAACGGGUCACCUGCACGGCAUUUCAGCCCUCUCCCCUCCUGCAGCCUGCUGGGGAAGAGUCCAACUUUGCCCCUCCUCGUGGGCUUCACAGCCCUUCCUGUGAGGGCUUUUAUUUAAAUCGAACUCCUCCCUUGAGCCUCUUGUCCCCAGCAGACGAGCUUUUGGGGCUGGACGGAGCCCUGCGAAGGGCUGCCAGCAGCGCCAGGAAUCCGGCCGGGGUGGCUUUUCCAGAAGCUCUUUUACAACACCCGCGUGCGGCGAACAAAUCGGUAACGCAGCCCGCCCCGGUGCCCUCCUGGAAACCUGCAGCCAGCCAGGAAACCGUCUGCCGGCUGCAGGGCUGCGUUCGUGUUUGUGCCACGUGGUACUUCCCCCGCUGCUGCUCAAAGAGACCGCGGCCGCUGCGCCCCGCGGGGCGAUGCCUGCCUGUGCAAAAAGCGAGAGCGGUGCGUGCGGCUGGGGCAUCGGCCCGGCCCCGCUGCCUCCGCGCUCUGGCACACCGCGGGUUUCAGUCCAGGGCGGAUUUUGAGGCGUCCCGGCUGUUUCACGGCUGUGAGGGCGUUGCACGGCGGGUUGCUGAAACCGCAGAUGAAAUGGCAAAAAGCGGCUCUCGUGGCCGUUUCCCAGCGCCCAGGCCACGUCCGGCAGGCAGGAGGAAACGCGGGGAGCAAAUAAGCGUGAAAAGCGGCUCGGGAAAGCUUGCCGCGCGCUUGACCUGGCUCUGCACCAGCUCUGCUCCCUUCCCCCUGGCUCUAAGCCGCUGUUUGUGCCAGCUUUUCUCCCCGGGCUCCCUUGGCAUCGCCCGCGUGACCGUCACGUGCGGCAGGAGCCGGCACGGGGGUGGCCGGGGACCUCUGGGGUGUCCCCUGCCCACGCGGCAGCUGCGGCCCUGAGCAGCUCCGGGUUCCUCCCCUCCCUCCAUCAGCCUGGGAUCUGGAGGCAGACAGCAGCAGGCUGCUGGGCAGCCCGCGGCCGGGCUACGGGACGCUGCAGCAAGACGCCGAUAAAUCCUGCAUGGAGGUCACCGGCUACCAGACCAAGCUGUGGCGGGUGGCCCUGUGCCACGCGUGCUCCGUGCUGACGGCGGGGCUCCUGCUGCUGCUCUUCCACUGGAAACCCAGCCUGGAGGUGCGGGCGAAGUGCGAGCCCUGCGCCCUGGGCCAGGCAGACUGGGUCAUCAUCAGGGACCGCUUUGGACAGUGCUUCACCACGUGUGUGCAGACGGAGGUGCUGGGCGAAGGCAGCAGCCUGGAGCAUCACCCGGGGGCCAGGCUGGAGGACCGGAGGACCAGCAUCGCCAUCGGCGUGGCGGACGAGGAGGAGAGCCGGGACACCAUCCGGCUCCAUGAGAAGGAAGAGAAGAACAUCUUGCGGUACUAUCUCUUCGAGGGCUUGCGUUACGUCUGGAUCGAAAGGUGGCAGGCGUACUGCAAAGUCAGCGUCCUGGAUGAAGGCUGGACCUGUGCGGAUCUCCACCUCUCCCAGGCUGGGCUUGACCAGCAAGACCACAGCACCAGAAGGAAGAUCUACGGACCGAACCUCAUCGAGGUGCCGGUCAAGUCCUACGCGAGGCUCUUGGUGGAGGAGGUACUCAACCCCUUCUACAUCUUCCAAGUGUUCAGCAUCGUGCUGUGGGUCUGCGAUGCCUACUACUACUACGCUGCCUGCAUCUUCCUCAUCUCCACCAUCUCCCUGGGGCUGUCCCUCUACGAGACGAGGAAGCAAAGCACCACGCUGCAGAACAUGGCCAAGAUGUCAGUCAGCGUCCGAGUCCGCCGCCCUGACGGAGAGGAGGCAGUGGUGAGCUCCGCGGACCUGGUGCCAGGCGAUUGCAUCAGCCUCCCCUCGGAUGGGAUGCUGGUCCCCUGCGACGCCGCGCUGCUGUCGGGCGAGUGCAUGGUCAACGAGAGCAUGCUGACGGGGGAGAGCGUGCCGGUGAUGAAAACGCCUCUCCCGGCCUGCGGCGGGGCCGCCAGCGCUGUCUACUCUCCCGAGGAACACCGGCGACACACGCUGUUCUGCGGGACGCAGGUCAUCCAAGCCAAGUCCUACGUGGGCAAGGAAGUGCUGGCCGUGGUCACCCGCACAGGGUUCUGCACGGCCAAAGGGGAUCUCAUCAGCUCCAUCCUCUACCCCAAGCCCGUCAGCUUCAAGUUCUACAAGGACUCUGUGAAGUUUGUCUUGUUCCUCGCUGUCCUGGCUUUUAUCGGCACGCUGUACAGCAUCCUCAUCUUGGUUAAAAACCAGGUUCCCGUGGGGCAAAUCAUCAUCCGUGCCCUCGACCUCGUCACCGUCAUCGUGCCGCCGGCUCUCCCAGCCGCUAUGACCGUGGGCACCAUCUACGCCCAGAACAGGCUGAAGAAACAGGGCAUCUUCUGCAUCAGCCCUCCCCGCAUCAACCUGUGCGGCAAGAUCCGCCUGGUUUGCUUCGACAAGACGGGGACGCUCACGGAGGAAGGGCUGGAUGUCUGGGGAGUGGUCCCGCUGGAGAACCACCGUUUCAUGCCUAUCGCCUACGAGCCACGCCACCUGCCCGGCGGCCCCCUGCUCUAUGCCCUGGCCGCCUGCCACACCGUCUCACUGCUGCGGGCGCAGCCCAUCGGGGACCCCGUGGACCUCAAGAUGAUGGAAUCCACCGGCUGGCGCCUGGAGAUGAUGGAGGAGGAUGAAGGCGAGCUGCCCAGCUUCCAGCAGUUUGGGACGAAGGUCCUGGCCGUGAUGAAGCCUCCGCCCGAGGCAGAACAGCCGCCAGGCAGGAAGCACCAGUCACCCGUGGGGAUCCUCCGGCGCUUCCCCUUCUCCUCCUCCCUGCAGAGGACAAGCGUCCUGGCAAAGCUGCCUGGUGAGGAUGCGGCCCAAGCCUAUGUCAAGGGGGCACCGGAGAUGGUGGCCAGCCUUUGCAGGAAGGAAACAGUGCCCCCGGAUUUCUCCCAGAUGCUGCGGCUCUACACCACGGACGGUUUCCGCGUCCUGGCUCUGGCUUACAAACCCCUGAGCACGGUGACGACCUUCGAGGAGGCCCUGCAGCUGACGAGGGACUCUGCAGAGAGCAGCCUGACCUUCCUUGGGUUCCUCGUCAUGAAAAACGUCCUCAAGCCAGAGUCCGAGCCCGUGAUCCGCCUCCUGAGGAACGCCAACGUCCGCCCCGUCAUGGUGACAGGAGACAACAUGCUGACAGCCGUGAACGUCGCCAGGAGCUGCCGCAUGGUGGAGCCCAAGGAGCAGGUCAUCUUUGUGAGCGCCUGCCCGCCCAGCCACGACAAACCUGCUGCCCUGAAAUUCAUCCCCGCCGAACUCUCACAGGGCGAGGAGCAGCCGGAGGGUCUGUACCAGCAGGAUGGGUGCCUCCCGCAGCCCUGCCACCUGGCGCUGAACGGCAAGUCCUUCGCCGUGGUUCGCGAGCACUUCCCUGAGCUGCUGCCCAAGAUCCUCAUCCGAGCAACUGUUUUCGCCCGCAUGUCGCCUGACCAGAAGACUCAGCUGGUGUGCAGCCUGCAGGAGCUCAACUACUGCGUGGGGAUGUGCGGGGAUGGGGCCAACGACUGCGGGGCGCUGAAGGCGGCCGACGUGGGCAUCUCGCUCUCGGAGGCAGAGGCAUCCGUGGCAUCGCCGUUCACCUCCCGCCUUGCCAACAUCGAGUGUGUGCCCACGGUCAUCCGGGAGGGCAGGUGCUCACUGGUCACCUCCUUCGGGGUGUUUAAGUACAUGGCCCUGUACAGCCUGGUGCAGUUCGUGUCCGUGCUGCUGCUCUACACGAUUAACACCAACCUGAGCGACUUCCAGUUCCUCUUCUUCGACCUGAUCAUCACCACCACCGUGGCGGUGCUGAUGGGUCGGACGGGUCCCGCCAAGGAGCUGGGAGCCGAGCGUCCCCAAGGGGCGCUGAUCAGCGUCCUCGUGCUGGGCAGCCUGCUCCUCCAGACGGCUCUGCUCAUCACUGUGCAAGUCCUCAGCUAUUUCAUCACUGUCUCGCAGAGCUGGUACGUGCCACUGAACAGCACGGUGACGGCUCCCCAGAACCUGCCCAACUAUGAGAACACAGUCCUCUUCUGCGUCACGGGCUUCCAGUACCUCAUCCUGGCAGUCGCCAUGUCCAAGGGGUACCCAUUUCGGGAGCCGCUCUACACCAAUGUGCUCUUCCUGGCGGUCCUCGUCAUCCUCUUUGGCCUCAUGAUAUGGCUGACCCUGUAUCCGCUGGGCUUCCCCAAAACCCUGCUGAAGCUGCAGGGCAUCGAUGACUUGAAUUUCAAGCUGCUGCUGCUGGGAAUUGCCACACUCAACUUCUUCGCCGCCUUUGUGCUGGAGACCGCCCUGGACCACGGCUUGCUCAGCUGCUUGCGCAAGCUGCGCAGGAAGAAAGCAUCCAAAAAGCUUUUCAAGAGGCUGGAGAAGGAGCUGAGCCAGCAGCAGCCAUCUUGGCCACCCCUUAACGAACCGCUCUUCGCUACUCCCAGGCUGUCCAUCGCCGUGAGAUAGCAGGUGCCGAGCCUCCCUCCUCCCUGCUCUGCGGGCAGGUGCUGCCCGCCAGUGCUCGGCUGCCACCGUUUAUUUAUUUGGCCUGGUAGCAGGGCCGGCCACAAGCAUCUGUGCCUGGCUCCAGCGUGACCCGGAGGCGUCCGUCCCAGGCAAGGGAUGCAGCAGGCGGCCGAAGAUGGGCAGCACAGCUCGUCUUCCCCACAGGGAGACCCUCGGCAUCACAGCUGUGAAGCCACACGCUCCAGAAAGGAUGUGGCCGGUCUUGCGGCCGCGUCCAGCUGAGCCCUGGCCGAGAGGAGGCGGUGGGAGAUGCUGGAGGAGCACAGUGGGGAGUUUCGCAUGGGGAUGCUGCCUUUCUUCUUCCCCCGAGCCCCACGCCCUCCUGGCUGGUCAAAGCCACGAAGUCAGGGGUCCCUCUCCUGCUGGCGGCGGUGGCACCCACCCUGGCCUUAGGGCUCUGCUCACUGUGAAGAACCCGCUUCCUCCUCCCCCUGGGCUGCCCUGGAUGUGUAGGAACUGUUUACAAACCGCCCCAGCUUUGUGAAGGAUGCGUCUUGAGCCAGCCAUCAACCGCCGUGUCCCACUGAGAGGCUCGGAGCGUUUCACGCAGAGCCGAAGCAGGUUUUGCCCUUCGGUUCACCGGAGCGGCUGGAAGGGCAGCAUCCCCUUCCCUGAGCUGCAGGAAGUUUCGGCAUGGGAUCCAGCAAAGUCCCUCCGAGCCCUCUCCACGUGAACACAGUGGUGAUGCUUCUGCAGAGCGCUCCCGCCGCCGUCUCUGUCAGGCAGGAGCUUUGUAGCAUUAAAAACCCCGGAUCUCUAUUUUUUAACUCCAUUCCAGUGCGUAGAGGUGUAAGUGCAGUUGGGAGAAUGGCGUACCACUUCUGGUUUUCAUACGGUGCUGUUGUGAGUGUGUCUAAUAAAUUAACACUAUUUUCUUGA